CAAUACAUGCUUCAAAAUUGUGCAGUUAAUUUUGAUAUCAAUUUCCUGUUGCCACAGGGAAAACCAACCGUCGAAUUGAUGAAAGCUCUAUUCGGUUUAUCGCAAUAUACGAAGCAGAUGCUUACCUUCGCUGUAUCAUUUCAACCGAAUUUUCCGUUCAUGAAGUCAAAGAUAUCGUAUUACUCGAAGCAGACAGACGAGCUUCGACAGAAACUACUGGAUCUGUUGGGGGACGAUGGAGUACUUAUUUACCCAACCUUUCGAAACCCGUUUCUUCCGCAACUUCUGCUAUGCGAAUUAUUAACUUUUUCGAGCUGCAGUUUAUUCAAUAUCUUCGUCUGUCGCGUGACGCACGUCCCGAUGGGAUUGGCUCAUGAAGGGAUGCCAGUAGGCGCUCAGAUUAUAGCCGCAUCAUAUCAAAACCGUCUCUGUUUGGCGGUUGCAAAAGAGCAGAAAAAGACCUUUGGAGGAUGGGUACCACCAUCGAUAGACGAUAAAGUGUCUGAAGGCUUAUGUAAAUAAAUUGAGUCUAGCUGGGGAAUUGUAUCUUUACUGCGAAGGCAAAUGACACACAACUAGAAGUUCUGGUAACACUAAUCUCAUCAGCAAUCUCUCUUACAAUAUUUCCGCACUAAUCCGGAAAUGUGACGUUAUCAAAUGAAAUAGUUUAUGCUUUCUAAUACUAAAAGUUUAAUAAUAUAUAUGUAUAUGUAAACAUUUAUUAAUAUUGUCAUAUAAUUAUUCUUAAGCCCAGCCACCACGUGAAUACUAAUAUAUCAUCCGGAUGAGAUCACUACCGCUUUACAGUUUUAUCAAUCGCAUGAAAUCCUUGCGAAAAUUUAUUCGACAUGUAUCAAUACGUUCACAAUUAUUCGGCUUGCGCAAUACGCUAACAACAUAAAUUGUUCGUGUUCGUUAAUCUUUUCUUAAUUGUUUUUCUAUUCCGAACGUCUGGAUCUAUUAAAUACCAU